UUGUAGACAAGACAGCAUUAACCUGGAACCUGCCUUGGCUUAUAAGUUCACAGCCAUUUUUGUGUGUUUUGUAAAAAUAUUACCCGGAUUAUAAUUGAAAGGUCUAAUGGGCAAGUCUUCGUAAACGAGGAAUAUCUUACGUGAAGUUCAUUCUACAUUAGUCAAGUAUCACUAGACAAAAUCCAAUCAAGCCGAGCACGCUAGAAAGUUUUCAAGAAUCGAGUGGUCAGUACUGUCCUACGCAGUUGCAUGUGUAUAGAUCUGAAGAUGAGUGAAAAGACGUUCUUCAUCGGUUUGAUAUUCAUCGUUGUGACUCUAGAACAGGUAUCCAACGAUCUCUACGAACCUGUGUUUUGCGGUCCUCCAAAGCCCUUAAUUUUUCCAAUCGACCAUCCAGACUACACCUACUGGCCAUUCUUCGUCACACUCCAUCGAUGCGGUGGGUCUUGUUCCCUGAUCAGUCCUCGAAUACAGCGCUGUGGACCCUCGGGCGUGGAUACCAUUUCUCGAUCAGUGUUCGACUUGGCCGUGGGCAGAUACAAGACCAUGGAACUUAAAAAUCACACGAGUUGUAACUGUUCGUGUGCAUUGGAUUCUGGAAGCUGCACGGCUCUGGAAAAAUGGGAUCCUAAUUCAUGCAGAUGUAUCUGUAAUAUUCCUGACGGCGAGCCGUAUGUCUGUCCCACCAAUUACAUAUGGAAACAAUACCUUUGUAAGUGCGUUUGUAAUCUUCCACCCAAAGUCUGUCCUGUAGAUAAGGUGUGGAGCCCCGAUCAAUGUAGCUGUGUGUGUAGCAAUGACGCACUCAAAAAAUGCGCAACACAAAGCCAGUUGAUCGACAAGGAGACUUGCUCUUGCAAAAACCUACCACCAGGGAUCGCAGGAAGGAAUACUAAAGGAGUUCCCAGGGGAGUCCUGAUGUGGUGUAUGGUAGCGGAACUGGUUCUCUUGCUGAUCUUAUUUGAUAUUUUCCUGUACUGUAAGUUUCAAACUGGGAUCGUAACAUAUCUUUGGCACAAGUGUCGCGCAAAGGAAAGACAAGACGUGGAAGUUGCUUUACGAAACGAAAAUGGGAGUCCAAAGCAAGACUUGAAAACUGAUGAGUCGCCUGGCUGCUAAGCAUGCGUGGAACAUAAGCUCUAGCGGCGCGUCCUUUAUGUAGCCCUAGUUAACACUAGCGACAUAAGUAUAAGCAGCUUCAAGUUCACUUGCUUUUCGGUUUGAAUGUUGUAUUAUUUUUAAUGUUUUUAAUGUUUUUUUUGGUUUGUAAAGAAUCGGGUUUUGUUCUCUAUUCUACCUAUAUUAGAUAAACUAUUUAUUAUGGUUGGGAAAAAUAUUAUUUUUAGUACCAUCAUGACUUUUUAUUUUAUUUCCCGCUUUUUACCUCGGAGAGCAUUUCAUUUGUAGCGUAACCAAAAUAGGGGAAAGACCAGGGCCCGGUUGUACGAAGCCUGGAUAGCGCUAUCCGGCGGAUAAAUCUUUAUCCAGUGGAUAAGUCGAUGCUGUUAUCCAAUGAAUUUAUCCACUGGAUAAGAUUUAUCCGUUGGAUAGCGCUAUCCAGGCUUCGUACAACCGGCCCCUGACUUAACUGCACGAGUUAGGAGGCGAAGUGAAUAUCGGGGAAUAUUUACCGAGACGCGAGUCUUCGAGCAGCAAGGUAGAUAUUAACUCCAUAUUCACUGAGCCUGAGGCGAAUAAUUGUUUUAGCAUAUACCAACUUGUGUACAGAGUAACUUAUUUUUAUAUACAAUAAUUCAAUAAAAACAAGCAAACAGAAACUUUAAGUUUGCGUGAAAAAUUCACGCAAAACUUUAAGCAAAACUUUUAGGCCAUACUUCGUUGCCUUUUUAGUAUUGAUAAGAAUGGCAUUUACUUUCAUUUUUUCAAUUUCCUCAUCAGAAAUUGUAGCAAAACUAUUGCCGG